CACACCCAGAGAUAUCCAGCGCCCAUUAGACAGCUUGCUCUACACAAUUGACCGUUGUCACACACUCUUCACCAACCUAAAUACUUCAAUUAAAAACACUUUCAAAAACUAGUAAAGCAGCUCUCUUUCCUUUCCUUCUCUUCUCUUCUCUUCUCUUUCUCUGUCUAUCUCUCACUCAAAAACCCUAGAAAAGCCCUCUGUUUACCAUUACCAAGCAGCUCUCUCAAUCAAUCAAUCUCCAGCAAACCCAUCUCAUUUCAUCGAAUUCCAAAUCAAACCCAUAAUUUUUUUUUAGGAAAAAUUUUUUUUAGGAAAAAUGGACUCAACCCAGAGGCGGAAAAGCGGGAUCAACCUCCCAGCUACCAUGUCCGAGACCUCUCUUCGUCUCGACACCUUCUCUGCUUCUUCUCCGAUUCGCACCGUAUCGAAUCUUCAAUCCCCGAGGACUAUGUCUCCUCGGACGAUCUCCAACUUGUCUUCCUCGCCUUCUUCGUCGAAAUCGGCGUCUUGCAGCGACAGAUUCAUACCCUGCCGAUCGUCUUCUAGGCUCCACACUUUUGGCCUCGUCGAUAAGGCUUCUCCCGCCAAAGAGGGAGGGAACGAGGCUUAUUCGAGGUUGUUGAAAUCCGAGCUUUUUGGGUCUGAUUUUGGGUCUUUUUCUUCUCCUGCAGGUCAGGGAUCACCGAUGAGUCCUAGCAAGAACAUGUUCAGGUUCAAGACGGAUCAUUCGGGGCCCAACUCGCCUUACUCGCCGUCGAUUUUGGGAAGUGAUACUGGGUUCAACUCGGAGAAUUCGACCCCUCCUAAGCCGCCUAGGAAGGUGCCCAAGACACCCCAUAAGGUUCUAGAUGCCCCAUCACUCCAAGAUGACUUCUACUUGAACUUAGUUGAUUGGUCCUCGCAGAAUGUUCUUGCAGUUGGAUUAGGCACCUGUGUUUAUUUAUGGACUGCAACAACCAGCAAAGUGACAAAGUUGUGCGACUUAGGACCUACUGACGGUGUGUGCUCAGUCCAGUGGACUCGGGAGGGUUCAUACAUAUCAAUUGGCACAAAUCUUGGUCAAGUUCAGGUUUGGGAUGGGACUCAGUGCAAGAGAGUGAGAACCAUGAGUGGGCAUCAAACAAGGACUGGUGUCUUGGCUUGGAGCUCGCGUAUAUUAUCUUCUGGGAGUAGAGACCGCAACAUACUUCAGCAUGAUCUUCGUGUACCAAAUGAUUUCGUUAGCAAGCUUGUUGGCCACAAAUCUGAGGUAUGUGGAUUGAAAUGGUCUCAUGAUGACCGGGAACUUGCGUCAGGAGGCAAUGAUAAUCAGCUUUUGGUAUGGAACCAGCAUUCUCAGCAGCCCGUUCUAAAGCUGACCGAGCACACAGCUGCUGUCAAGGCCAUUGCUUGGUCGCCCCACCAGAAUGGCCUUCUCGCAUCUGGAGGUGGAACUGCUGAUCGGUGCAUUCGCUUCUGGAACACUACGAAUGGCAAUCAGUUAAACAGUGUCGACACAGGGAGCCAGGUAUGCAAUCUAGCAUGGAGUAAAAAUGUGAAUGAGCUAGUAAGCACUCAUGGGUAUUCCCAGAAUCAAGUUAUGGUGUGGAAAUAUCCAUCAAUGGCGAAGGUUGCAACUCUAACUGGCCAUAGUUUGCGGGUACUCUAUCUUGCCAUGUCACCUGAUGGCCAGACAAUAGUGACAGGAGCAGGGGAUGAGACACUGCGGUUUUGGAAUGUAUUCCCAUCCAUGAAAACACCAGCACUUGUUAAGGACACGGGAGUUUGGUCAUUAGGAAGAACUCAAAUUCGAUGACAAAUUGGCCGGCUUUUCUGUUUGAUUAUUUUGUAAAUGCAGAUGUUAUACUUCAGAUGCUGGCGGGGAGAGGUGGCAGAUUUUAUUUUAUUUUUUUCAAGUGCAGUGACUAGUGUUUAAUGGCAAGUUUUUUUUUUCAAAGAUUAAACAAUUGUAAAGUGUUUUUUUUUUUUUUUUUUUUUGAAGUUAUUUCAAUGUCAAUACUUGAUAUUUCAGACUGGAUUUUGAAAGGUUAAUAAAAAUUUCGGCUCUUUUGGUUGUA